AUGUGGUCUUGGGCGCUUCUCAUACAACCGCUGCUGUGGUGGCGGCUUGCUCACAGUUCUCAGCAUCACGUCAUAGACUCGCCCUCACCAAAUAACGAAUCAUCGCCGUCAAGCAUAUCAACGUCGUUGUUUGCGGAUCUUGAGCGUCUGUCUAGACUGGUAGACGUGUCGUACUGCAUCGGCAGCACCGGCGUCCACAAGCCAUUUCAGUGCCUGUCGCGGUGCAAAGAGUUUCCUGGCCUUUCUCUAGCCAUGACAUGGAGCACCGGGUUUCUCAUGGGCGACAGCUGCGGCUACAUUGCGGUGGAUCAUGGGAGCAGAUGGAUGGAGAAUCAAGAUGGCGGCGUCUCUGGGGAGAGGAACGGCGCCAUCAUUGUCGCAUUUAGGGGCACAUACAGCAUCGCCAACACGGUGGUGGAUUUGGGCACGAUACCCCAGGAAUACGUGCCUUAUCCCGCCCCAGAUGACGAUGACAGCGACUUCCUGGAGAACUGUCGUCGCAAGUGCGACAAUUGUACCGUCCACAUGGGGUUUCUGCACUCGUGGCGGAUGGCCAGGGGGACGGUUGUGCCGGAACUCAAGGCGCUGAGGAAGAAGUAUCCGUCUUAUAAAAUCCAGCUGGUCGGGCACAGCCUGGGCGGUGCCGUGGCCUGUCUUGCCGCGCUGGAGCUGAAGCUGUCACUCGGCUGGGACAACUUGGUUGUGACUACCUUUGGCGAACCUCGGGUCGGCAAUUACCAACUGGCUCGCUAUAUCGACAAAGCGUUCCAACUGGACGGCACGAGAAAUUUGGAACACAGGACGUACCGCCGUGUGACGCACAAUAACGACCCGGUCCCGCUGCUACCUCUGGAGGAAUGGGGUUACAGCCCUCACGGCGGAGAGAUAUACAUUUCGAAGCAGGAGCUCCAACCUACCGAAGAGGACAUUCGAUCAUGUGUUGGCGAUAGCGAUCCGGAGUGUAGUGCCGGUGCUGAGACCUCUUUGCUCGAGGAUAUGCGUCGACUGCUCCAUUUCGCCUCUGCCUCCCCGUCUAUUGAGGAGUACAUUGUGGCGAGGACCUUGCCGACUCGUCUCAAGAUUUGGCAGCUGUUUUUCGCACACCGAGACUAUUUCUGGAGACUGGGGCUCUGUGUGCCGGGAGGAGAUCCGGCGAACUGGGGACGAGGUUGGUCAGGCGGAAUCGAGUCGGAAGAACUGUAG